AUGGCCACUACUACACAAAUAAAAGCUGAAUCUUCUUCCAAUUCACAGUCCACCAUCCUUAACCAUCCCCAUGGUCCGUGGGAAUAUCAUGUAUACAUAAGUUUCCGAGGGGAUACCAGAAAAAACUUCACUGAUCAUCUUUAUUCUGCAUUAUGUCGAGCUGGAAUCAACACCUUUAGAGACGAGGAAGAAGUUAGAAAAGGCAAAACUCUUUCGUCAGAAUUUGAGAAAGCAAUCCAAAAUUCAAGAAUUUCCAUUAUCGUUUUCUCGAAAGACUAUGCUUCAUCGAGGUGGUGUCUGGAUGAGCUUGUGGAAAUCCUCAAGUGCAAGGAGAUAAGGAAUCAGGUGGUACUUCCUAUAUUUUAUAAUGUUAACCCUUCCCAAGUGGCUAAGCAAACCGGUGAGUAUGGGACAGCCUUAGCAAGGCACAAAGGACGUUUCGGAGAAGCAAAAGUUGAGAGCUGGAGAGAUGCACUAAGUAAAGUUGGACAAUUGUCAGGAUGGGACUUGCAACAAGAGGCUAAUGGGUAUGAAUCAAGGUUUAUCAAUAAAAUUAUCAAAGAGGUAUUGUCACUUCUAAAGCGAGUACCCAUGUUUGUUGCCAAGUAUCCCGUAGGACUUGACUCCCACAUUGAAGACAUUGUCCAAUUAAUGCAUAGAGAUAUUAAUGAUGAUGUUCGGUUCAUUGGAAUUUAUGGAAUGGGAGGUAUCGGAAAAACAACACUUGUCAAAGCAGUUUAUAACCAUGUUUUUGAACACUUCGACAGUAGUUGCUUUCUUGAAAUAAGAUCAAAAGUUUCAGAUCAACAUAGUGAUGGGAGAAUUUCACUACAACAAGAACUUCUUAAUAAGCUACUACAAUCGAAGAUCAAAGUGCACAAUGUUGAUGAGGGAAUCAUGUUGAUCAAAGAGAGACUUCGAGCAAGAAAAUCUCUGAUUGUGCUUGAUGAUUUGGACCAUCUUCGUCAACUAGAUGCUUUAGCUGGAGAACGAAAGUGGUUUGGUGCAGGAACUAUAGUUAUUAUAACUACUAGAGACAAACAUAUAUUAAAAGAUUUGAAAGUGGAAGGAUGGUAUAUGGUCAAAGAAUUGGACAAUGAGAACUCUUUGCGACUCUUUAGCCAGCAUGCCUUCAAAAAACCAAAACCUCCAGAACAUUACACUAAACUAUCAAAAGACAUAGUAAGUUAUUGUGGAGGACUUCCCUUAGCUCUUGAAGUGUUGGGGGUUCAUCUAUCUAACAAAAAGAAUGAAGAUUGGAGAAGUGCUAUCGAGAGAUUGAUAACAAUUCCUAAUAAUGAGGUUCACACAAAACUUAAAAUCAGCUUCGAUGGACUUUCCAGUAAAUUUGCAAAGGAUAUUUUCCUUGAUCUUGCUUGUCAUCUUCCAGAAGUAAUUCACAAACAAAAGGUUAUUAGCAAAUAUGAUGAGGUCCCUAGAUGA